UCUCAGUCUAUGUGGGCACCAUAAAGUAACAACAUGUAGACGCGGCACCGCCAUAUAAAUUAACGAAUGUAAACAGAAAAUGUUUAGAAAACAAAAAACCUUUUUAUUUUCUUCUGGGAAAAGUGUGAGAUUUUAUACGUUUGUAAUUUUAGAUUAAUUACGUGUUUUUAAAAUUAGAUUUUAAAACAUGUGGGUUAAGGUUGGAAUUAUAACAGCUUUGUUUUAUGUAUGUUUGGUGACGACAGCUCCAAUUUAUCAAAAGGCUCGUCGACCACGGUAUACGAUGUCUAAGACAGAUUCAAGGCAGCCUUACGUAGAAGUUCACAAUGCGACUUACCAUGGUGCAGGGCCCAGGGAAGAAGCGCGGGCCACAUGCUCUGUGCGCACACAGGAGGUCAACGCCACUGCUAACGCUACCAUCACCAGAAGACUGCAUGGAGUUGUUACUUCCAGAGAACUGCACAACUCCAUUCAGCGGCUGGAACUGAUAAUUUACGGACAGAUGCAACAGCUCUGGCAGAGUCUUGACGCUUUGCGCGGACAGCUCUCGGGAAACACUCGAGUUGCGUAUCCUGAUCGACGAACACUGACUUUUAGAUACAAACCUAGUGUUUAAGCCUAAAGAAGUUCUAAGAAUUAAAAAUUUACACCAUAUUGUGAUUAGUCUCUCUUUCUGUGUGUGUUUCCGUGCGUGUAUCUAUGUAAAAAAGUAACAGUUAAGUGAUUAUCGGUCAGAUGCACAAACGAUCAGGGUUUAAUGACGAUUUUAAGCUCUAAUGAAUGUUUAAUUUCUAUGGGUAAUGUAAUUUUAAACUAAUGUCAAUUUUAAUGGACGUUUGUGCAACUUGAUGGAUAUGAAGUAAUUGUUUGGUAUCUGUUUAUGUGAGCGUGGUGAUAUUCCAUUGUUUUCCUUUUGCAAUACCAUUUAUUGAGCUCAUAAACAUAAUUUUUCUUUUGUAUGUUAUUAUAUUAUAGAUGUCUUAAACAUAAUAAUAAUUCAUUUAUUGCGUGUCUCAUUGUUACAUUGCGUUGGUUUAAACAAGAUGAUUACGUCGCCGUUCAUAUGCUUAAUUAGCCUGCCAUAGAUUUCGCGUAAAACCUCGAUUCCCGUUCAUACUUUUCUCACACAUGCGUACUUUAGAUAUACUUACUUACUUUAGAUAUAUAGAACUACCUUUAGAUAAGUCUUGUUAUGCAUGUGUGAGUAAAGUUUGAACAGGAAUAGACGUAUUUUAAGCACAAAAAUUCAGUCACCGGCCUUAUUUAAUGAUGGCGUUAAUAUGGACGUAGACAGUAAACAAAAAUAAGUUAAGUACGCGGCAAUAAGUUUUUAUCAUUUAUAAAAAAAUUGUCUAUACCCCUAUUGCCUUACCUUAAAUAGAUAUUUUUCUUUCCAAGAGUUUCGAAAGGUAAUUAUUGUCUAAGAAUAAAAUUUCCCCCCUAUCGAUCGACAUUGGAGGACGAUCGUUAGAGUGGGCGGGCAUCCAAUUUACCACGGAUGUCGAGGAACGUAGUAAAAAAUAUGUACCUACAAGUUAGACGAUAGCUUUUAUUUACUAUUAUCACGACUUUACACCAUAUCUAAUACAUAAUUAUAGUUCAUGAGAGUACAAACAUCUUCAAGAUUCAGCAUUGAAAUUUAAAUGUAAUGUAAAAGAAUAUGUAUCUUA